AUGGCUACUCACGGCAGUGCAGAUCACGAUGGGCUGGAUAUGAGCCAAAUCGAUUGGCUUCCGCGCAUGCUUACCGUACCUUCACUCGGGACGUCACCCGGAACAUCAGAGCCACGACGGUCGGAUACGCAUCUACAACCCUCGCUGAGCUCAAUCUCCUUUAGACAACCGGAAAGUGUAACAGUAGUUGUGGAUCCACGCGAUGGCGCAGGGUCCGAUCAGGUAAUCCUGGAUGAGCAGGAUCGAACCGUGAAUCGACGAUUGCGUGGAAUCCAUGUGUUUAUGAUCACCAUUAGCGGCGUCCUCGGCGUUGGACUUUAUCUUCGAAGUGGAUCUAUAUUGCGAAUCGGUGGGCCGGCAGCUGUUUUGAUCUCAUUCUCAGCCAUGGGCUUGCUAGCCUGGUUGGUCAUGCAAUGUAUAGGGGAGUUUCUCGCCAUAUGGCCGGUCGCCGGUGCGCUCGUGGAGUUCGUCGGGACAUUCGUUGAUGAAGACCUGGGCACUACAGUCGGUAUCGCAUAUUGGUGGGUCCCAUUGACGAGGCGGAGUAUGGCCGUUUCACAAAACUUCCAGCUAACGGUAGUCGCAUGCAGGAUAUCCUACUGUCUGAACUUUGCUGCUAUGAUUGUGGCUGCUGCUGGCGAGGUAGAAUUCUGGAACACAAGCAAGGCUAUCCAGGGCACGGUCAUUCUAUUCAUAGUGCCGCUGUUCCUAGUGCUGCUUAAUAGCUUCGGCGUGCAAGUAUAUGGUUUUACUGAGGUCAUUGGGGGCUCUGUGAAGAUCCUCGGGGCCAUUGUUGUAACUGUGUCGAUGAUCGUGAUCAAUGUUGGAGAUCUUCCGACCGUAUUUUCUCUUCAAGUUCUCACCCGCUUUCAGACUAUCGCGACUCAUCUAUAUUUCAGUACGAUGAUAGAGCAGCGGGAAACUGGCAUUUCCUUUUCCAUUGCCGCAUUUUCCUUCGUAGGUGUUGACAUUGCAGCCGCAACGGCGCUCGAGGCACGUCCCGACAGAAAGCGAAUUUCAGCGGAGGACCCUCUGAACGAAGAACUGAAACAACCAUGGCCCUUCAUCUCGAUUCGCUUCUCUGCGACCUGGACGAGCUUCAUUGCGUGGAUAGCUUACUUCGUCGCAGGGUUCGUGAUGACCCUGAACUUACCCUGGGACUCUGAUCAAUUACCAGAGGCUGGAUGGCUGGGCCAUCCCGGUCCAAAAUCCGAUAGGCCAACUGAUUCAGGCUUUGUGAUAAGCGCGAAGCAAUCUGGGAUCAAAGGACUAGCGGACCUGUUUAAUGUCAUUUUAUUGUUCACUGCCCUUACCUGUGCCAAUACCAAUUUAUAUGUGGGAUCCCGCACACUCUUUGGUUUGACACGAAAGAUAUACGGAAGAAAGUGGCGGUGGCUGGCAUUCUUCGGCAAGACAAACAGCUACCAGGUUCCAGUCAGGGCCAUGUUUCUAUCGUGCUGCUUCUUAUGGGUGCCUUUUCUAUAUCUGUCGCCGAAUAAUUCGAAGGGUACCACUAUCGCUAGUGUAAGCGAAACAUAG